GUGAAAGAAGUGGCUGCCUCUACUUCCUGAAAACGAGGUCGUGUCAUAUAAAUACCCCUCUCCCAUCCCCGUAUUCUGGAUCGAAUUCAUCUCGUAUCCUGUAGACGGUGGUAACACCAAAGUCUGUCAGAAACAGACUCUGAAGAGGUCCCCGGAAGAGCUCCAACGAAAUUUUGUUGACCCCACAGUUUCCUGUCUGGUUUUAUGAUGAGUGAUCUUGGACAAGACGGCCACUGGGAGACGGAUCACUUGGCUGAUUUCUCCCGGAUGCCCAGUCGCCAGGAGUCUUUUCUGGGUUCCAGCCUUGCCACACAGGUGUCUCCAGAAAGAUUGGCCCGGGCCGGCUUUUAUUAUACUGGGCAGGCUGAUCGAGUUCGCUGUUUCAGCUGCCAGAAAACUGUGGAGAACUGGUGCAAGGAAGACAUACCUGUAGAGAGGCAUAAAGAGGUUUCGCCAACAUGCAAGUUUCUCAGCUGCAUUCAUCCCCUCCGUCAGAGCCCAGGUUCUGAUACUAGACUGACUAACGGCUACAAUGAAGAAGCUGAAGACAUGGAAUAUCGUUUAAGAACAGGAGAGGUGGUUGAUGAGUCUGUUUAUCCAAUGGUCCCUCACAUGAAGAGGGAGGAUGCCCGAUUUCGGACCUUCUUAUCUUGGCCCCCCACAGCUCCUGUGAGACCCCGAGACCUGGCUGAAGCUGGCCUCUACUACUUAGGGGAGAGUGACCGGGUGCAAUGUUUUUGCUGUGGUGCCAUGCUUCACGGCUGGGAACCAGGGGACUCUGCCUGGGGAGAACACAGCAAACAUUCCUCUAACUGCUUCUUCAUCCUUGGCCAUGAUGUUGGCAACAUCCCAUUCCAGGGGAGUACGAUGGGGGAGGAGGGCAGCAGCAGACAAGGAAAUGCUCAUGUUCAUAUGGGGAGUUUUGAAGAGAGGCUUGGCAGUUUUUCAGGCAUCCUGCACCCUAUAGACCAUGAGAGGCUUGCCAGAGCUGGCUUCUACAGCGCAGGUGCAGGAGACAGAGUGUUAUGUUUCCGCUGUGGUGGAGGAUUAAAAGGCUGGCAAUCUGAGGAAGACCCUUGGGAAGAGCAUGCCAAACACUACCCUGGAUGCAGCUUCCUGUUAGAAGAGAAGGGACAAGAAUUUGUAAACAGCAUCCAGCUUCAAGGCCCACGACAAAAUAGAGCUGCAUCAAGCCAUCAGAAUGGAUUUUCAAGAGAGAUGAAUGAUUUGCUGCACUCGCCCAUGGCUCAGGAGGCCGUUGCAAUGGGUCUAGACCCCAGUGCAGUGGAGAACUGCAUCUUGGAGAAGUUAGAAAGGACAGGCUCGGGCUACUCCAGCCUUGAGGAACUUGUGGAAGACUGUCAGAAGAACAUACAAGAGAGAGAUCCUGCAAAAUCACAGGAACAAGAUGAGGACCCACUUGAGAAGCUACAGAGGCUGCAGAGGGAGAAACUCUGCAAAAUCUGUAUGGACAGAGAUAUCUGUAUUGUGCUUAUUCCAUGUGGUCACCUGGUCACUUGUAUGAAGUGCUCAGUGUCACUGGUCAAGUGUCCAAUCUGCUGUGGAGCCAUAACACAGAAGAUCAAGACCUAUAUUGCUUAAGGGAAUAAUGAACUCUGGCUCCAUACUUAUGCUGCUUUCUCUUUGUCUUUAUGAUAUUUUAUUUUGAUAAUAAAUGUAGAUAGCCUGUAAUGUGUAUAUAUAUAUAUAUAUAUAUAUAAGGACCGUGCUGUUUUUAUGGGUAUGUGUCACAAGAAAACACUAUUUGCACAAUCACUGAAAUCCUAUAUAGCUGUUGAUAAAGAGAUGACAUGAUACUAAAAAAAUCAGGUGUUUAUUUUCUUUGCCACUAAUGAAUAGUGCUGCCUGUAAAUACAUAGUAAAGAAAAGUUCCCAUUUUAAACCCUUUUGCCAAAAGUGCCUUUGUUUUACUUCUUGUACUUGGGUUUAUUUUUUCAUGAUAUAAUUUAAUCAAAGAGGACAUGGGAUGUAAAACUAGUGAUUUCCGUACACAUAUUUAUCACACUCAUCUGUUUUGUCUGGUGUAACAUUUUAGACUCUGGUAUAAUGAUUUAGUCUUGGUUUGUCAUUUUUAGCUGAUUUGUAUAGAAGCCAUUGCACCGUUUCUUUCAUACCAUUAAUAACCGCUGUAGUUAAGGGUCUUCAGUCACUAAUCAAUGUGUUGUGAAAUAAAUUUGCAAUUC